AUGUCGCCAUUCAGUGGACGCCGCACCCCCGGCAAUGAGAGGCCUACUCGCGAGACCUCCAGCCGUCACAGCCAGAGCCAAAGCCAGGCAUCUACCUCCAGCCAUGGCCAGGGCGACAACAGCAACCAAACCAACCCCCACGGCUUCACAACGCCCCUCUCCACGCAAUCCCAAAUCCAAAACCAAACCUACGGGACCGUCUACGCGCACCUCCCCUGCAGCCGUAUCGACGACGAAGGGCACCCCUACCCAAUGAGCACCGUCUACGACCGCGCCUACAACUGCGCCCUCAACUGCAUGUACUCGCUCUACCUGCCCAACGACCCGAACCUGCCGCGCCACCCGGGCCUGAACGGCUUUAUGGUCCAGGUGCGGUGCUAUGCUAAUCGGCCCCUCACCGAUCCGGCGCAGAGGUCGUUCGUGCAUGAUAAUCUGGUUGCGCAGUGUCGCACGCAGUUGGGCAAUUAUCAGCGCAUGGAGCGCCAGGGGGGUGGGUUUGGGAGUGGUGAGGUGGCGUCGUAUAGGUAUGGUCCUGCUUCUGGGGCUGGGGGUGCUGCUGGGGGUGGUGCUGCUGGUUCUGCUGGUGGUGCUGGCCAGGCGCCGCGGUAUGAAUCGUACGAAGGCCAUGGGCAUGGGCAGCAGCGACGGCACUGA